AUGAAGAAUCUCCUUCUCCUUGGGCUUGUCAGCUGCAUUCUUCUCCCUGGACUCGUCUAUGGAGGUUUAUUGGGCAAGUCGCUAGUUUUCUCAAAUCAAAUCGACAGUAUUUAUGUGAAGUUGCUGCCAAAUGAAUUCUCCCAGCUCUCGGCAUUCACUCUCUGCCUGAGGGCUGCCUCAGAGGCGAAGCGAGGCUACAGCCUGUUGUCCUAUGCCACAGCGACUAAGGACAAUGAGCUGCUGCUCUGGCACAAUGAGGACACCAGGCUGUCCCUUUACUUUGGCAGCAACAUAUUCUAUUUCGCCCUCCCAGAGACCGAUGCUCUGCUGAGACACAUCUGCGUGAGCUGGGAGUCCUCAACUGGAUUCAUCACCUUCUGGCUCAAUGGAGUCCGGAGUCUUCGGAAAGUCGGGAACAGCGGUGGGGUGGUCCGAGGCGGGGGCACGUUUAUCCUGGGUCAGGAACAGGAUCAGGUGGAGGGCAAGUUUGACAGCAAGCAGAGUUUCGUGGGAGAGCUGACAGACGUUCACCUGUGGGACCAUGUCCUGUCAGCAAACGACAUCAAGGCGCUCAGUCAAGGGUGUCACAGCGCUGGGGGUAACAUCAUCAACUGGGACACAGUGCCAUACGAGAGCAGGGGGAAUGUGAAUGUGGAGGAUAAUCACGAUUGUAGCUUCUAA